AUGCGGUCCGUGGGUGCGGGUGCGGGUGCGGGGCGGGCAGGGGGCGUGUCGGGGGCCGCCGAUAACAGCGGGCGCCGUGCCGGGGCCGCGGGACCAGACGGCGCAGGCGAGUGGGACGAGCCAAGGACCCCCAUCCUGGGCAGCCGGGCCCCGAGCAGCGGAAUGGGGUCCAGCAGCCUGCUGCGACUCCUCCGCACCCUCUGCAUCGUCUCGAUGCUGGCCACGUGCCUGCACCCUGCCACGGCCCAGUGGUUUUCCCUGGGCUCAGAGGACACCACCCCGGACCCAGGCACCAGCCCCAUGCCCCCCAGCCUGGAUAGGGAGGAAGACACAGACGCCAGCGUGGAGCCCGUGGGGAAGGUGCUGCUGAGCAAACCUCCUCUGGCAACAGCCCCUAAACGCCGGGACCAACACUCCAGAGGGGCAGCAAGGGGCUCAGGCCGUGCCCCGCUGCGCACACGAGGCCAGCACCGACCCACGGCCGCCCCGGAGAGCUUUGAGGGGAGCGCAGUAGAAGAGGAGCUCCUGCAGAUCCAGACGACGGCGAAGGGGCUGCCCCGGCGGGUCCCGUCGGCCCCGGAGACGGACCCUGCCCUCCAGGUGCACAACAUCUCCGGCUGUGUCUGCCCCGUGCGCCCCGGCCCGCCCGGCCCUCCCGGCCCAAAGGGAGAGAAAGGUGACCGAGGGUUCCCUGGAGAGAGAGGCCAGCCCGGAUUCUUAGGAGAGAGAGGGAAGUCCGGGAGCCCAGGACAGCCAGGUCACCAGGGUCCUCGGGGCCCUCCGGGUCCUCCGGGACCACCGGGGCCCCCGGGACCCCCGGGCGCCUGGGGAGCCCGGGGCCCACCCGUGCCUGCUGCACUUCCCGAGAGAUCAGAGAACGAGCUGGGAGUCUCCAGCCCUGCAGGAAACCCAGGACCCCCAGGUCCCCCCGGGCUGCCCGGCAUGCCCGGACCCCCCGGCUACCCCGGCCACGAUGGCCCCCAGGGGGCUCCUGGGCGGGAGGGAAAGCCAGGACCCCCAGGCCCUCCAGGAGUCGUGGGGCCACCUGGUUUCCCUGGGGUUGAAGGACUUCCAGGGUCUCCAGGCUCAACUGGACCAGAUGGACCCCCUGGGGCACCCGGACUCCCAGGGCCUCAGGGUCCCCCCGGCGUGCCUGGGCAUGAAGGACCCCCUGGUCCCCCAGGAUCUGCAUCACUCCCUGGCAAACCAGGGCUCCGAGGGGAGCCAGGAUUCCCAGGACCAAAGGGUGAGAAGGGUGAGUAUGGGCUGCCAGGCAUGCCAGGGAGCCCUGGCCGGACCGGAGAGCCGGGGUCCCCGGGCAUGCCCGGUCCCAUGGGGCCACCAGGACCACCAGGGGACUACAGGUGUGACUCACGCCACGCUGGACACCAUGGACUGGCCGGGCUGCCAGGCACCAAGGGAGAAAAGGGCGACCCUGGAGAGCCGGGGUGCUGCUAUGGGGAGCACGGGUGCAAACCAGGGCACCUCCCCUUCCCCAGCACUGGCAGCCAGCCCGGCUCAUGGGGGUCCAUCAACAGGUACCAGACGGAUGGGAAAGAGGAACCAGAGAUUUAUGGAGCAAUCAUCCCCCAUGGUCUUCGAGGUCCCCCCGGGAACCCCGGUCCCCCCGGGCCCCCCGGCCCCCCUGGCCCACCAGGUCUCCUCUACCUCAACAGGAUGCACCCCGUGCAGGCCCAGCCGCCCUGCAAGCAGCCGGCACCUGCAGACCGCAGCUGGCCAUCAGAUGCUGGUGUCCCUCAGACAGAGCCAUCGGACUCCCGCGCUGAUCUCCGGCGCCAGACGUGGGUUUUCAAGUCCAAGGAGCUGAUGGUGAAGGCGAGCAGUGCUGUGCCCGAGGGGAGCCUGGUCUAUGUGCGGGAAGGGAGCAACGCCUUCCUCCGGACCCCCGCUGGCUGGAGCCGCCUCCUGCUGGAGGACCCAAAGUCAUUCUUGGCUAGUGAUGACCCUUCUGCCUCCACCCCACAGUACCAGGAGGUGAAGAGGGUGCAGCCAAGAGGUCCCAACACGCCAUCACUCAUGCAGUCUCCAAAAGACUCACUGAUUCGGAAGGAGGAGGAACAAGGGCUGCCCCAGAUUCUGCCAACCACCACAGCCCCACGGAUCCCAUCUCUCCGCCUGGCUGCCCUCAACGUGCCCCUGUGGGGUGACAUGAGCGGGAUCCGGGGCGCUGACCUGCAGUGCUACCGGCAGUCACAGGAGGCCGGGCUCUACGGCACCUUCCGGGCCUUCCUGUCAGCCCCCACCCAGCACCUGGUGUCCAUCGUCAAGCGGACAGACAGGACCCUCCCCAUCGUCAACCUGAAGGGGCAGCUGCUGGCCAAGUCCUGGAGCUCCCUCUUUGGGGGUCAGUCUGGUGCUGCCCUGCGGGGUCCCAUCCACUCCUUCAACGGGCGCGACGUCCUGGCAGAUCCCCUCUGGCCCCACCGGCUAGCCUGGCACGGCUCCACGCCGCGGGGUGGCCAUGCCCGCCGGGGGGAUUGCCAGGGCUGGCACAGCUCUGGCACAGCCGAGGGCAUGGCCGCUGCCCUGGGCGAGGGCCGGCUGCUGGCUGGCCACCGGCACAACUGCUCCGCACCGCUGGCCGUGCUCUGCAUCGAGGUGGCUUUUCCUUACCGGCACAUGUGGUGACACGGCAGCAGGAGCUCCGGGCAUUCCUCCAGGCCCGUGUGGCUGGGGAAUGUCCCUGGGAGCGCCAUGAGUGGUGUCGGAGCUGUGCCGGAGCACCGAGGGGACCCCGGGUGUGCAGCCAGGCUGUGCCAUGCCCAGCCCCAGCUGUGCCAUCCCACAGAUGCCUGUGCCACGGGGCAAUGCUAGGCUGUGCCUGCAGCCUCCUAGCCCCACUGGAGCCAACACGGUCGCCACCCAGAAAUAA